AUGGAUACUAUCAAGGGAAACAGUGAAGCUAUCGAAGAUGCUUCUGCGAUGAAGCGACCCGUAACACCGGUCAAGGGCGGCGACCCUGUUAUGCGCUCUCGAGAGGAUGAUCUCAGUGUCUGGCAGUGUGCUCUCCGAUUCAAGAGAGUGUCUUUGAUUGCGAUGGUUGCUGCCUUCAGUGCCUCGCUUGAUGGCUACCAGAUCAAUCUAAACGGUGGUAUCGUCUCGAACAAAGGUUUCAUAAGGCAGAUGGAACCCUCCGGUGUCAAAAUCCUCGACGGCAAAUACGUUUCAGCAUGGGGCGGUAUCCAGUCGGCUGGUCAGUUCGUGGGACAAGUUCUCCUUCAAUAUGCCACGGAGAGACUUGGUCGCAAAGCCGCUUUGUACAUUAUCUGGGUAGAUCUGGUUAUUAGUAUCUUCAUCGAAACCUUUGCUACGAACUGGCAGCACUGGCUUGUAGCCAAGUUGUUUUCGGGCAUGGGCGUGGGCAUGUUGCAAUGUACCUUGCCCCUCUACCUGUCCGAGCUUGCUCCAACACAGCUGCGAGGAUUCUACAUUAACGCAUACAGCUUCUGGUUCGUUGUCGGUCAAAUCUUCGCUUCAGUGGCCUUGAAAGAACUGAGCGCGGUAGACCCCUAUGAGUUCCGAAUUCCGAUUUAUACACAGUGGGCCAUGAUUGGUGCUAUCGCCCUCAUCUUCCUCGCCCUUCCAGAGUCCCCGUGGUGGCUUGUAAGCAAAGGCAAGAUCGACAAGGCUGCCAAAGUGCUCACAUUCUGCAAUGGCAAAGUUGAGGGCUAUGACGUCCAAGAGCAACUUGAAGUCAUGACUACAACCGUCACGCAGGAGCGCAUUCUCGCAGAGCAGAACUCGAACGAAGGAAUAUGGGCUGUCUUCAAGGGUCGCAACUUGAUUCGAUUCAUUAUUGCUAGUUGGCCAAAGAUUGUACAGCAAUUUGUUGGCCUGUCCGUGUUCAACACGUACGCCACUUACUUUUUCCAAUAUGCCGGAAACAAGGACCCAUUCCGAGUCACUGUUAUUCUUUCAUGCGUACAACUGAUCUCGGUUCUUCUCACCGCUACGAGCACCGAUCAGUUUGGUCGUCGGCCAUUGACAGUUUAUCCUUACGCUGUGACCAGUGUGUCGGUCUUGUGUCUUGGAAUCAUCGGCUGCUUCAACUACACUAAGCCAUCUACUAGCUCACUUCUGGUCUUCUUCGCUUGCUUGGCAACCAUGUCAACCACAGGCGCCUCAGCUAUCGGAUAUGCCUACGCUGCAGAAGUUCCUCAACAACGUCUACGUGCGAAGACUGCAGGAUGGGCACUUGCCUUUUCCAAUCUCAUUGCCAUCAUGUUCAGUUUCUGCACGCCACUGAUGAUCAACGGCACUGCUAAAUGGGGUGUUAAAACUGGUUUCUUCUUUGCUGGAACCGGAACAGUCUCGACAGUCAUCGCCUGGUUCAUCCUUCCGGAGUUGACCCGUCGUACUCCUGCUGAAAUCGAUGAGAUGUUCGAGGAGAAGGUUAAUCUUCGGAAGUUCAAGGGUUAUGUUACCGAAGUUCAGGUGCGGGCCAACGAACAGCAUCAGACUGAGGAGCUGCAUACCGCAUAA